CUCCUUGUCGCCGUCCUCGGCGUCCUCGGGACUCAUCUCGGGUCGGAAGCUGCUCCACGCCGGCGCCAGCCCUGGUGCAGCGCUGGUGUCGAAGUUGUGCACUAGCGAGACUGUUCGGAAGCUGUCGUCGCCCGACGGCACCUGGUAGCCGGCGAGGAAGUAGAGCUGCGUGCCGACGACGGCCAUGGUGAGGUAGAGCCGCUGAGCUGAAGACGGGAGACUGGCGAGCAGCGACAGGUCGGGCAGGGCGGAGUGGUCCACGAUGCUCUAGAUGUUGAGCUCGCCGUCGUAGACCUCGACGUGUCCCUUCCAGCUGGUGAGGCAGUCGCCGGAGCUGAACAGCCUGUUGGCCACCGCCACGAUCUGGUUCGGGGGCACGUCGAGCUGCCACAUCCCCGGUAGAUUUUGUAUCUAACCAUAUCUCGUGAGGAUGAUUGUUGUGUUGGUUUGUUCAGGCGUGGCUGACCCCGUGAACUUGCCGUCGGGAAGUCCAGCUGCUGCGGUUUUUGUGGCGAGCCUUUGCAGUUCGUUCUUCAGUGUAACCGGCAACAUCAGCUCUGCAAGAACCCCAGAAUAAACCCUGACAUCAAGACACUCCACUGAUCACUCUUGUGCUGCUCCUACCAAUGGAGCAAGAGCAUCUCCACCUGACAAUGGUCCACUCGUUGUAUUCAUCACUAAGUCCGCUCGAUUCCACCAAUAGGUGUUCAUGCUUACAGUUGAAUUGGCAAACUGAGGGAGGUGCCGGGGGAGCAAAAUUUUCUCAGUUUGGCGCUGAUUUAUCAACGAUCAUGGAUAAGCAUUUGAAGACCCUUGCCCCAGUCUACGUGGGAACAAAAUUCGUCAAGCUUGAUGCUGAAUAUGCUCCAUUCUUUGUGGCCAAACUGGCAAUCAAGACACUGCCAUGUGUAAUAUUGUUCAAGAAGGAUAUUGUUGUUGACCGAUUAGUUGGGUUUCAAGAUCUCAGAAGUAAAGACGAUUUUCUGACAAGAGCAUUGGAACACAUUCUUAUUCUCAAGACAAAAGGGAUAAUCGAUGAGAAGAAGAAAGAUGACGACGAUGACGAUGAAGAAAGCGAGGCUAAGAAUAGGAGGGUUAGGUCCUCAACUGCUCAAGACUCUGACUCAGACUGAACUUGAGAUGAGGAUUGAGGACUCACCGUUUUUGCACUUUGGAUUUUGUUUGUUUGUUUGUUUGUUCUGUGCUGUGUUGUACUGUAAUUGAUUUGUGUAACCAUGUAUCGGUACCAGACACCACAACAAGAACAUGUACAAGAGAUUCUUUAGCAUCCAUUGUGUGUAAAAGCUAGGGUUUGUGGCUGCCUUUUA